AUGAAAACUUAUCCUGCUGUUGUCCUCUUUCUUAGACAAAACAUCCAUAAUAUUAAACCAGAAAAUGAAUCACACAUCCUGAAAAUUAUUCUGUUGGGAUUUUCAGAGGAACCAGAAUUACAGUCCUUCAUAUUUGUGAUUUUUCUCUCUUUGUACCUGAUCACUGUGCUGGGGAACCUGCUCAUCAUCCUGGCUGUCAUCUCUGACCCUCAUCUCCACACGCCCAUGUACUUCUUCCUGUCCAACCUGUCCUUUGUGGACAUCUGCUUCACCUCCACUACCGUCCCAACAUUGCUAUUGAACACUCAGAGGCAGAAUAGAGCCAUAGUGUAUGGAGCCUGCUUUGCACAGAUGUAUUUCUGUGUACUCUUUUCUGGCCUGGACAUCUGUCUGCUGACCGUGAUGGCCUAUGACCGUUACGUGGCCAUCUGUCACCCCCUGCACUACACAGUCAUCAUGAACCCCCGGGUCUGUGGGCUCCUGGUUUUGGGGUCCUGGAUGUUGAGCAACUUUAAUUCCUUGUUGCACAGCUUAUUGACAUUGCCACUGUCCUUUUGCACAGACUUGAAGAUCGACAACUUUUUUUGUGAACUCAAACAGAUUAUCUUACUUGCCUGUUCUGACACCUUAAUCAAUAACGUGGUGUUGUAUCUUGCAGCUGUUCUUAUGGGUGUUGGGUCCCUGGUUGGGAUCCUCUAUUCUUACUCUAAGAUUAUUUCCUCCAUACGUCGAAUCUCCUCAGCGCAGGGCAAGUAUAAAGCAUUUUCCACCUGUGUGUCUCACCUCUCGGUGGUCUCCUUAUUUUUUUCUGCAAUCCUAGGAGUGUAUCUUAGCUCUAAUAUUCUUACUACUCACAACUCACGGUCAAACUCAAUAACCUCCGUGAUGUAUACUGUGGUCACACCUAUGCUCAAUCCCUUCAUUUACAGUCUGAGAAAUAACCAAAUGAAGAGUGCGCUGAAAUCUUUGUUUGUGAAGAGAAGUACAGGACACCUGUCCUAG